ACAGGACAGGAGGAGGAUCGGGACCUUGUAUAUAUUGAAUACUUACUAUGUUCACGUAUUAUUUUCAGAAACAGACUAUGGGUCCUCGGUUUAUGACAGUCACCUGGGUACUAGCAGCCUGCAUUGCGUAUACGAUUGUGGCAGCUGAUGAAGAAAAUGGACACUUUCAAAAACGUUCUUUCAGGAUCCAAAGCCACCCUGAAGCUUGUUCGGUGCAUGCCUAUCCUUUGCUUUAAUUGUCUGACUGUUUUGCCACAAUAGAGUAGUCUGCAUGGACAUUUGAUAACAUAAACUACCAUGGGCAUCUUGCAUGGUAUUCUCUUGAAUGGUCUGAUUUUGUAAUCCUUGCCAAUAUAUGGAUUUCCCAAUGGAUUGUGACAAACUCCCCAGAGACAGCCCAAGUGGUGUGUAUGUGAUUAAGCCAGAGUCUUCCCCCCCACUAGUUGUCUACUGCCAUGUGGACACAGAAGGGAAUAGCUGGACCGUGGUGCAGAGGAAUUCCAUUAAAACAGAAAUCACUUGGCAUGAAUCUUGGACCACCUAUAAAUAUGGCUUUGGAAAUGUACUGAAGGAGUAUUGGUUAGGCAAUGAGUAUAUCCACUUGCUGACUUCUCAAAGAACCUACAUGGUGCGUUUCCUGCUGAAGGACAAAACAGAUAAAGAGUGGCAUGCCGACUAUGAUAUAUUUAGCCUUGAUACAGAAGCUAAUGGAUAUAGUCUACGUUUAGGGAGGUUCUCGGGUACAGCUGGGGACUAUCUUUCAACCUUCGAUUCAAACAAUAUUCAUGAUAACAUGAAGUUCUCUGCAAAGGACAAAGAUCAGGACCGAAGUGCCUCACACUGUGCUGCAAGCUAUGGGGGCUGGUGGUAUGACAACUGCCAGCUGGUCCUCUUAAAUGCCAAAGGCUAUAUCAACUGGAAAAACAUCUGCAGCGGUGAUUGCUCUGAAUCCAUUAUUAUGAUUAAACCCACAGGUAUUUGCUGAAGGCUAUACAAUGACCUUCCAAAACAUGGACUGGGGGUUUAUAAGGUUGCAACGUUUCCAUGCCUGGUAGCAUGGCUGUAACUUCUCCCUCAUUUGUUGGUACAUGGUUUACAAAACCAUAGCAAUUAAAUGCCAAGAGCCCUAGAUAAACUCAUUUUAGGACUGAAAAAGUUGUAUUAUCAUUAUUAAAUGUAGCUGGCUUAACUUCUGGGUAGUAAUGGAAAAUGAUUUGUCCAGAGGCCCACAGAUAUUCCCAUAGGAAUGGGGAGGACAUUUUGAGUCAUGAUCAUGCACGAGUAAUUGUGCUCAGGCGCAAGUCCUGGUAGUUGCAGAGAUAUCUCUGACUGUGACCAAUUGAUGGGUGUGUAAAGAAGUGGAUCUGACUGGUCAAAUUCUGGAAACGUGGGUCAGUCCUACACAUGUCCACAAAGAUUUGCUAAAAACAUAAAAACUACAAAAAAUGUGGUUUUUGUGUUCUUUUAGUUUGUAUUCUGCAUUGUAAUUUGUUUCUGCUCUUUCAAUUUGGAUCUUUUAAUAAGUGAUGAGACAUUCGUGGUUCCAAAAACCUCUAAAACCACUAAAAUCAGAAUGUUGAUAAAUCUGCCCCUUAGGUGAGCAUGCUGGUAGUCAAGACAUUAUAUUUAUAUAGUUUACUAUUCUGGGCAUUUCCCUGCAUGUGUCUAUAUGCAUUUAAGAGCAUUGUGACCUAGGAAAAGCAGAGCUGGUAUCCAAGCCUCUAACCACACUCCAUUUAUUAAUUUAUUUAAAGGAUAAAUGGCACACCAUAGAGACUGGAGGUGCUACCAACGCUCUGGGCUUGGACUACUCUGCAGCAUCCAAUUAGGAAGUAUUCUCUACAGUAUGGCUAAAAAUGUCAGAAACCAAGACCUGGGUGACUCACAAGGACACAAUGUACUGUAACAGACAUGCUUACACCACACCACUUCUACAUGUGUGCACAAUCCAUAUUCCCAUGUGAAAUAAAACUUUUAAUUUCAUUGUCAA